AUGGGAGUGUGGUUGGGUUGGAUUCUGGGGCUCAUCCCACUUCUAGGAUGGUGCUUGUGGUGGUGGAAUGAGAUUUGGUACGCGUGGCCGGUCAAGCAAAGAUGUUCCGGCACCAGUGUGAAGUUGCCGCCCGGACACAUGGGGUUUCCCUUCUUCGGAGAAUUUUUCACCUUUCUCUGGUACUUCAAGAUUCUCCGCCGCCCGGACGAGUUCAUAAACUCUAAAAGACAGAAGUAUGGUGAUGGAGUAGGAAUGUACAGGACUCACCUCUUCGGAUCGCCUUCCAUUAUAGCAUGCUUCCCAUCAGUGAACAAGUUUGUCUUCCGAGCUGAGGACACAUUCAUCGUUAAAUGGCCGAAUGUCGACAUUAUGGGCACGAAUUCUCUGGGGGUGGUUCACGGAAAAGCACAUGCCAGGCUCAGGAGCUUUGUCUUGAAUGCCGUUAACCGACCUGAUGCUCUUCGCCGAAUAGCUGCUUUGGUUCAGCCGCGUUUGGUCGCUGCCCUCGAGUUGUGGGCCCAAAAAGGCAGAAUUGUCACUUUUCAUGAAACUAAGAAGGUGACCUUCGAGAACAUUGGGAAGCUGUUUGCGAGCUUUGAGCCGGGGCCACAAUUGGAAAAGAUGGAUCGGUUAUUUCAUGAUAUGCUUAAAGGAGUGAGAGCUCAGCCGCUCAAUUUCCCCGGAACUACGUAUCACCGUGCUCUGCAGGCCCGGAAGAAGGUGGAGGCGAUAUUCAGAGUAGAGCUAGAGAAGAGGAAAAGCCGAAGUGAAGAAACCGUGACUGAUCUUAUGGAUGAUUUACGACAAAUCAAAGAUGAGGAAGGCAAAAACCUAUCUGACCAAGAAGUGCUAGAUAACAUCGUUAGCUUUGUAUUCGCCGGUUAUGAGUCCACUUCACUUGCAUCAAUGUGGGCGAUUUACUAUCUCGCCAAGUCUCCCAAUGUUCUAAAGAAACUCCGGGAAGAGAACAUGUCCAUUAGCCAGAACAAGAAGGGCGAGCUCAUCACGAGCGAAGAUGUCUCGAACAUGAAAUAUACUAGACAGGUGGUGGAGGAGACACUAAGAAUGGCCAAUAUUUCACAUUUUCUAUUCAGAUUGGUCACAAAGGACAUCGACUACAAAGGUUAUAGAAUACCACAGGGAUGGAAAGUGAUUCUGUGGCUCCGAUACCUCCACACGAAUCCAGAAAACUUUGAUGACCCAAUGUGCUUUAACCCAGAUAGGUGGAAUGAAUCUGCAAAACCGGAGGCAUACCAAGUGUUUGGUGGGGGAUCGAGAAUGUGUCCAGGAAACAUGCUUGCGAGGAUUCAACUGGCUAUUUUACUGCAUCACUUAUCAGUAGGAUACAAGUGGGAAUUGCUUAACUCGGACGCGGAUUUUGUCUAUCUUCCCCACCCUGCACCAGUUGAUGAAGUUGAAGUUAGUUUCACCAGGCUAUGA